GGCCCUCAUUUCUUUUAAUAGAUACGAAUUUUAAAAUGUAUACUUUAGUAUUCACACAUGUCCGAUGCAACGUAUUUAACCAGUCAUCUCCAGAAACGUUGUUCCAAUUUACACGCUCACCAACUUGGACUGAGUGCUUUUUUCUUCCAAUGCGUGGCGCACUUAUAAUUUAGAACAAGCGACCAAAACGCUUAAGAGCCCAUCACGCAAAUUGUUAUCUGCUGGAAAUCUACGCCUACGCUGUGGACACGGGGGCCGAAAUCUGAUCCCGGCUUCCCAAGACACAGCUCAGAACCCAGGGAGCUACCAAGAGCCCGGCUGUGUGCAGCUCUAGCGCCGACGUCGCCAACGUGGCGCACAGUGCUGACGCAGUACGCAAGUUCGUCGGGAUGAUCCUCCGCCGGCGACGUCGCUGCGUCACUGGUUUGCAGGCGCUCUCCUCUUGGAAGUUGCGACUGCUGCGGGGCUGAGCGCUGGUCUCCCGCGCCUCGGGAGCCAGGUUGGCGGCGCGAUGAGGCGCAGCAAGGCCGACGUGGAGCGGUACAUCGCCUCGGUGCAGGGCUCCGCCCCGUCGCCUCGAGAGAAGUCAAUGAAAGGAUUCUAUUUUGCAAAGCUGUAUUAUGAAGCUAAAGAAUAUGAUCUUGCUAAAAAAUACAUAUGUACUUAUAUAAAUGUGCAAGAGAGAGAUCCCAAAGCUCACAGAUUUCUGGGUCUUCUUUAUGAAUUGGAAGAAAACACAGACAAAGCUGUUGAAUGUUACAGGCGUUCAGUGGAAUUAAACCCAACACAAAAAGAUCUUGUGUUGAAGAUUGCAGAAUUGCUUUGUAAAAAUGAUGUUACUGAUGGAAGAGCAAAAUACUGGGUUGAAAGAGCAGCUAAACUUUUCCCAGGAAGUCCUGCAAUUUAUAAACUAAAGGAACAGCUUCUAGAUUGUGAAGGUGAAGAUGGAUGGAAUAAACUUUUUGACUUGAUUCAGUCAGAACUUUAUGUAAGACCUGAUGACGUCCAUGUGAACAUCCGGCUAGUGGAGUUGUAUCGCUCAAAUAAAAGGUUGAAGGAUGCUGUGGCCCACUGCCAUGAGGCAGAGAGGAACAUAGCUUUGCGUUCACGUUUAGAAUGGAAUUCAUGUGUUGUACAGACCCUUAAGGAAUAUCUGGAGUCUUUAGAGUGUUUGGAAUCUGAUAAAAGUGACUGGCGAGCAACCAAUACAGACUUACUGCUGGCCUAUGCUAAUCUCACACUUCUUACGCUUUCCACUAGAGAUGUGCAGGAAAGUAGAGAAUUACUGGAAAGUUUUGAUAGUGCUCUUCAGUCCGUGAAAUCUUCUUUGGGUGGAAAUGAUGAACUGUCAGCUACUUUCUUAGAAAUGAGAGGACAUUUCUACAUGCAUGCUGGUUCUCUGCUUUUGAAGAUGGGUCAGCAUAGUGAUGUUCAAUGGCGAGCUCUUUCUGAGCUGGCUGCAUUGUGCUAUCUCAUAGCAUUUCAGGUUCCAAGACCAAAGAUUAAAUUAAUAAAAGGAGAAACUGGACAAAAUCUGCUGGAAAUGAUGGCCUGUGACCGUCUGAGCCAAUCAGGGCACAUGUUGCUGAACUUAAGUCGUGGAAAGCAAGAUUUUUUAAAAGAUAUUGUCGAGUCUUUUGCCAACAAAAGCGGGCAGUCUGCAUUAUAUGAUGCUCUGUUUUCUAGUCAGUCACCUAAGGAUACAUCUUUUCUUGGUAGCGAUAGUAUUGGAAACAUUGAUGUACAAGAACCAGAGCUUGAAGAUUUGGCUAGAUACGAUGUUGGCGCUAUUCGGGCACAUAAUGGUAGUCUUCAGCACCUUACUUGGCUUGGCUUACAGUGGAAUUCAUUGCCUGCCUUACCUGCAAUCCGAAAAUGGCUAAAACAGCUUUUCCAUCAUUUGCCCCAGGAAACCUCAAGGCUUGAAACAAAUGCACCUGAAUCAAUAUGUAUUUUAGAUCUUGAAGUAUUUCUACUUGGAGUAGUAUAUACCAGCCACUUACAAUUAAAGGAGAAAUGUAAUUCUUACCACAGCUCCUAUCAGCCGUUAUGCCUGCCCCUUCCUGUGUGUAAACAACUUUGUACAGAACGACAAAAGUCUUGGUGGGAUGCAGUUUGUACUCUGAUUCACAGAAAAGCAGUACCUGGAAACUCAGCAAAAUUGCGACUUCUAGUUCAGCAUGAAAUAAACACUCUAAGAGCCCAGGAAAAACAUGGCCUUCAACCUGCUCUGCUUAUACAUUGGGCAAAAUGCCUUCAGAAAACGGGCAGCGGUCUUAAUUCUUUUUAUGAUCAACGAGAAUACAUAGGGAGAAGUGUUCAUUAUUGGAAGAAAGUUUUGCCAUUGUUGAAGAUAAUAAAAAAGAAGAACAGUAUUCCUGAACCUAUUGAUCCUCUGUUUAAACAUUUUCAUAGUGUAGACAUUCAGGCAUCAGAAAUUGGUGCAUAUGAAGAAGACGCACACAUAACUUUUGCUAUAUUGGAUGCAGUAAAUGGAAAUAUAGAAGAUGCUAUGACUGCUUUUGAAUCUAUAAAAAGUGUUGUUUCUUAUUGGAAUCUUGCACUGAUUUUUCACAGGAAGGCUGAAGACAUUGAAAAUGAUGCCCUUUCUCCUGAAGAACAAGAAGAAUGCAAAAAUUAUCUGAGAAAGACCAGGGACUACCUAAUAAAGAUUUUAGAUGACAGUGAUUCAAAUCUUUCAGUGGUCAAGAAAUUGCCUGUGCCCCUGGAGUCUGUAAAAGAGAUGCUUAAUUCAGUCAUGCAGGAACUCGAAGACUACAGUGAAGGAGGUCCUCUUUAUAAAAACGGUUCUUCGCGAAAUGCAGAUUCAGAAAUAAAACAUUCUACACCGUCUCCUACCAAAUAUUCACUAUCACCAAGUAAAAGUUACAAGUAUUCUCCCAAAACACCACCUCGAUGGGCAGAAGAUCAGAAUUCUUUACUGAAAAUGAUUUGCCAACAAGUAGAGGCCAUUAAGAAGGAAAUGCAGGAGUUGAAACUAAAUAGCAGUAACUCAGCGUCCCCUCAUCGUUGGCCCACAGAGAGUUAUGGACCAGACUCAGUGCCUGAUGGGUAUCAGGGGUCACAGACAUUUCAUGGGGCUCCACUAACAGUUGCAACUACUGGCCCUUCAGUAUAUUAUAGUCAGUCACCAGCAUAUAAUUCCCAGUAUCUUCUCAGACCAGCAGCUAAUGUUACUCCCACAAAGGGCCCAGUCUAUGGCAUGAAUAGGCUUCCACCCCAACAGCAUAUUUAUGCCUAUCCGCAACAGAUGCACACACCACCAGUGCAAAGCUCAUCUGCUUGUAUGUUCUCUCAGGAGAUGUAUGGUCCUCCUGCAUUGCGUUUUGAGUCUCCUGCAACAGGAAUUCUAUCGCCCAGGGGUGAUGAUUACUUUAAUUACAAUGUUCAGCAGACAAGCACAAAUCCACCUUUGCCAGAACCAGGAUAUUUCACAAAACCUCCAAUUGCGGCUCAUGCUUCAAGAUCUGCAGAAUCUAAGACUAUAGAAUUUGGGAAAACUAAUUUUGUUCAGCCCAUGCCAGGUGAAGGAAUAAGGCCAUCUUUGCCAACACCAGCACACACAACACAGCCACCUCCUUUUAAAUUUAACUCAAAUUUCAAAUCGAAUGAUGGUGACUUCACAUUUUCCUCACCACAGGUUGUGGCACAGCCCCCUCCUGCAGCGUACAGUAAUAGUGAAAGCCUUUUAGGCCUCCUGACUUCAGAUAAACCCUUGCAAGGAGAUGGCUCUAGUGGACCCAAACCAAUUCCUGGUGGUCAGACCAUUGGGCCUCGAAAUACAUUCAAUUUUGGAAGCAAAAAUGUGUCUGGAAUUUCGUUUACAGAAAACAUGGGGUCAGCUCAGCAAAAGAACUCUGGUUUUCGGCGAAGUGAUGAUAUGUUUACUUUCCAUGGUCCAGGGAAAUCAGUAUUUGGAACACCCACUUUAGAGACAGCAAACAAGAAUCAUGAGACAGAUGGAGGAAGUGCCCAUGGGGAUGAUGAUGAUGAUGGUCCUCACUUUGAGCCUGUAGUACCUCUUCCUGAUAAGAUUGAAGUAAAAACUGGUGAGGAAGAUGAAGAAGAAUUCUUUUGCAACCGUGCGAAAUUGUUCCGUUUUGAUGUAGAAUCCAAAGAGUGGAAGGAACGUGGGAUUGGCAAUGUAAAAAUACUGAGGCAUAAAACAUCUGGUAAAAUUCGCCUUCUAAUGAGACGAGAGCAAGUGUUGAAAAUCUGUGCAAAUCAUUACAUCAGUCCAGAUAUGAAAUUGACACCAAAUGCUGGAUCAGACAGAUCUUUUGUAUGGCAUGCCCUUGAUUAUGCAGAUGAGUUGCCAAAACCAGAACAACUUGCUAUUAGGUUCAAAACUCCUGAGGAAGCAGGACUUUUUAAGUGCAAGUUUGAAGAAGCCCAGAGCAUUUUAAAAGCCCCAGGAACAAAUGUAGCCACAGCAUCAAAUCAGGCUAUCAGAAUUGUGAAAGAACCCACAAGUCAUGAUAACAAGGAUAUUUGCAAAUCUGAUGCUGGAAACAUGAAUUUUGAAUUUCAAGUUGGAAAGAAAGAAGGGUCUUGGUGGCAUUGUAACAGCUGCUCAUUAAAGAAUGCGGCAACUGCUAAGAAAUGUGUAUCAUGCCAAAAUCUAAACCCAAGCAAUAAAGAACUCGUUGGCCCACCAUUAGCUGAAACUGUUUUUACUCCUAAAACUGGCCCAGAGAAUGUUCAAGAUCGAUUUGCAUUGAUGACUCCAAAGAAAGAAGGUCACUGGGAUUGUGGUAUUUGUUUAGUAAGAAAUGAACCUACUGUAUCUAGGUGCAUUGCGUGUCAGAAUACAAAAUCUGCUAACAAAAGUGGAUCUUCAUUUGUUCAUCAGGCUUCAUUUACAUUUGGCCAGGGAGAUCUUCCUAAACCUGUUAACAGUGACUUCAGAUCUGUUUUUUCUACAAAGGAAGGACAGUGGGAGUGCAGUGUAUGUUUGGUACAAAAUGAGGGGAGCUCUACAAAAUGUGCUGCUUGUCUGAAUCCGAGAAAACAGAGCCUACCUGCUACUGCUAUUCCAACACCUGCCUCUUUUAAGUUUGGUACUUCAGAGACAAGUAAAACUUCAAAAAGUGGAUUUGAGGACAUGUUCGCUAAGAAGGAAGGACAGUGGGAUUGCAGUUCAUGCUUAGUGCGAAAUGAAGCAAAUGCUACAAGAUGUGUUGCUUGUCAGAAUCCAGAUAAACCAAGUCCAUCUACUUCUGUUACAGCUCCUGUCUCUUUUAAGUUUAAUACUACAGAGACAAGCAAGGCUCCAAAGAGCGGAUUUGAGGGAAUGUUCACUAAGAAGGAAGGACAAUGGGAUUGCAGUGUGUGCUUAGUAAGAAAUGAAGCCAGUGCCACCAAAUGUAUUGCGUGUCAGAAUCCAGGUAAACAAAAUCAAACUGCUUCUGCAAUUUCAACACCUGCCUCUUCAGAGACAAGCAAGGCUCCAAAGAGCGGAUUUGAGGGAAUGUUCACUAAGAAGGAAGGACAGUGGGAUUGCAGUAUGUGCUUAGUAAGAAAUGAAGCCAGUGCUUCCAAAUGUAUUGCUUGUCAGUAUCCAAGUAAACAAAAUCAAACAACUGCAAUUUCAACACCUGCCUCUUCGGAGGUAAGCAAGGCUCCAAAGAGUGGAUUUGAAGGAAUGUUCAUCAAGAAAGGACAGUGGGAUUGUAGUGUUUGCUGUGUACAAAAUGAGAGUUCUUCCUUAACAUGUGUGGCUUGUGAUGCCUCUAAACCAACUCAUAAACCUAUUGCAGAAGCUCCUUCAGCUUUCACAUUGGGCUCAGAAAUGAAGUUGCAUGACUCUUCUGGAAGUCAGGUGGGAACAGGAUUUAAAAGUAAUUUCUCAGAAAAAGCUUUUAAGUUUGGCAGUACAGAGCAAGGAUUCAAAUUUGGGCAUGUGGAUCAAGAAAAUUCACCUUCAUUUAUGUUUCAGGGUUCUUCUAAUACAGAAUUUAAGUCAACCAAAGAAGGAUUUUCCAUCCCUGUAUCUGCUGAUGGAUUUAAAUUUGGCAUUUCGGAACCAGGGAAUCAAGAAAAGAAAAGUGAAAAGCCUCUUGAAAAUGAUUCUGGCUUCCAGGCUCAGGAUAUUAGUAGCCAGAAGAAUGGUAGUGGUGUGAUUUUUGGUCAAACAAGUAGCACUUUUACAUUUGCAGAUCUUGCAAAAUCAACCUCAGGAGAAGGAUUUCAGUUUGGCAAAAAAGACCCCAAUUUCAAGGGAUUUUCAGGUGCUGGAGAAAAAUUAUUCUCAUCACAAUGUAGUAAAAUGGCCGAUAAAGCAAACACUUCUGGUGACUUUGAGAAAGAUGAUGAUGCCUAUAAGACUGAGGACAGCGAUGACAUCCAUUUUGAACCAGUAGUUCAAAUGCCUGAAAAAGUAGAACUUGUAACAGGAGAAGAAGAUGAAAAAGUUCUGUAUUCACAGCGGGUAAAACUAUUUAGGUUUGAUGCUGAGAUAAGUCAGUGGAAAGAAAGGGGCUUGGGGAACUUAAAAAUUCUCAAAAAUGAGGUCAAUGGCAAACUAAGAAUGCUGAUGCGAAGAGAACAAGUACUAAAAGUGUGUGCUAAUCAUUGGAUAACGACUACAAUGAAUCUGAAGCCUCUCUCUGGAUCAGACAGAGCAUGGAUGUGGUUAGCCAGUGAUUUCUCUGAUGGUGAUGCCAAACUAGAGCAGUUGGCAGCAAAAUUUAAAACACCAGAGCUGGCUGAAGAAUUCAAGCAGAAGUUUGAGGAAUGCCAGCGGCUUCUGUUAGACAUACCACUUCAAACUCCCCAUAAACUUGUAGAUACUGGCAGAGCUGCCAAGUUAAUACAGAGAGCUGAAGAAAUGAAGAGUGGACUGAAAGAUUUCAAGACAUUUUUGACAAAUGAUCAAGCAAAAGUCACUGAAGAAGAGAAUAAGAAUUCAGGUACAGGUUCUGCCAGUGCCUCAGACACAACAAUAAAACCCAAUCCCGAAAACACUGGGCCCACAUUAGAAUGGGAUAACUAUGAUUUAAGGGAAGAUGCUUUGGAUGAUAGUGUUAGUAGUAGCUCAGUACAUGCUUCUCCAUUGGCAAGUAGCCCUGUGAGAAAAAAUCUUUUCCGCUUUGGUGAGUCAACAACAGGAUUUAACUUCAGUUUUAAAUCUGCUUUGAGUCCAUCUAAGUCUCCUGCCAAGUUGAAUCAGAGUGGGACAUCAGUUGGCACUGAUGAAGAAUCUGAUGUUACUCAAGAAGAAGAGAGAGAUGGACAGUACUUUGAACCUGUUGUUCCUUUACCUGAUCUAGUUGAAGUAUCCAGUGGUGAGGAAAAUGAACAAGUUGUUUUUAGUCACAGGGCAAAACUCUACAGAUACGAUAAAGAUGUUGGUCAGUGGAAAGAAAGGGGCAUUGGUGAUAUAAAGAUUUUACAGAAUUAUGAUAAUAAGCAAGUUCGUAUAGUGAUGAGAAGGGACCAAGUAUUAAAACUUUGUGCCAAUCACAGAAUAACUCCAGAUAUGACUUUGCAAAAUAUGAAAGGGACAGAAAGAGUAUGGGUGUGGACUGCAUGUGAUUUUGCAGAUGGAGAAAGAAAAGUAGAGCAUUUAGCUGUUCGUUUUAAACUACAGGAUGUUGCAGACUCAUUUAAGAAAAUUUUUGAUGAAGCAAAAACAGCCCAGGAAAAAGAUUCUUUGAUAACACCUCAUGUUUCUCGGUCAGGCACUCCCAGAGAGUCACCAUGUGGCAAAAUUGCUGUAGCUGUAUUAGAAGAGACCACAAGAGAGAGGACAGAUGUUAUUCAGGGUGAUGAUGUAGCAGAUGCAACUUCAGAAGUUGAAGUGUCUAGCACAUCUGAAACAACAACAAAAGCAGUGGUUUCUCCUCCAAAGUUUGUAUUUGGUUCAGAGUCUGUUAAAAGCAUUUUUAGUAGUGAAAAAUCAAAACCAUUUGCAUUUGGCAACAGUUCAGCCACUGGGUCUUUGUUUGGAUUUAGUUUUAAUGCACCUUUGAAAAGUAACAAUUGCGAAACUAGUUCAGUAGCCCAGAGUGGAUCUGAAAGCAAAGUGGAACCUAACAAAUGUGAACUGUCAAAGAACUCUGAUAUCGAACAGUCUUCAGAUAGCAAAGUCAAAAAUCUCUUUGCUUCCUUUCCAACGGAAGAAUCUUCAAUCAAUUACACAUUUAAAACACCAGAAAAGGCAAAAGAGAAGAAAAAACCUGAGGAUUCUCCCUCAGAUGAUGAUGUUCUCAUUGUAUAUGAACUAACUCCAACCGCUGAGCAGAAAGCCCUUGCAACCAAACUGAAACUUCCUCCAACUUUCUUCUGCUACAAGAAUAGACCAGAUUAUGUUAGUGAAGAAGAGGAGGAUGAUGAAGAUUUCGAAACAGCUGUCAAGAAACUUAAUGGAAAACUGUAUCUGGAUGGCUCAGAAAAAUGUAGACCCUUGGAAGAAAAUACAGCAGAUAAUGAGAAAGAAUGUAUUAUUGUUUGGGAAAAGAAACCAACAGUUGAAGAGAAGGCAAAAGCAGAUACGUUAAAACUUCCACCUACAUUUUUUUGUGGAGUCUGUAGUGAUACUGAUGAAGACAAUGGAAAUGGGGAAGACUUUCAAUCAGAGCUUCAAAAAGUUCAGGAAGCUCAAAAAUCUCAGACAGAAGAAAUAACUAGCACAACUGACAGUGUAUAUACAGGUGGGACUGAAGUGAUGGUACCUUCUUUCUGUAAAUCUGAAGAACCUGAUUCUACUACCAAAUCCAUUAGUUCACCAUCUGUUUCCUCUGAAACUAUGGACAAACCUGUAGAUUUGUCAACUAGAAAGGAACUUGAUACAGAUUCUACAAGCCAAGGGGAAAGCAAAAUAGUUUCAUUUGGAUUUGGAAGUAGCACAGGGCUCUCAUUUGCAGACUUGGCUUCCAGUAAUUCUGGAGAUUUUGCUUUUGGUUCUAAAGAUAAAAAUUUCCAAUGGGCAAAUACUGGAGCGGCUGUGUUUGGAACACAGUCAGUCGGAACCCAGUCAAUUGGUAAAGUUGGUGAAGAUGAAGAUGGUAGUGAUGAAGAAGUAGUUCAUAAUGAAGAUAUCCAUUUUGAACCAAUAGUGUCACUACCAGAGGUAGAAGUAAAAUCUGGAGAAGAAGAUGAAGAAAUUUUGUUUAAAGAGAGAGCCAAACUUUAUAGAUGGGAUCGGGAUGUCAGUCAGUGGAAGGAACGUGGUGUUGGAGAUAUAAAGAUUCUUUGGCAUACAAUGAAGAAUUAUUACCGGAUCCUUAUGAGAAGAGACCAGGUUUUUAAAGUGUGUGCAAACCACGUUAUUACUAAAACAAUGGAAUUAAAGCCCUUAAAUGUUUCAAAUAAUGCUUUAGUUUGGACUGCCUCAGAUUAUGCUGAUGGAGAAGCAAAAGUAGAACAGCUUGCAGUGAGAUUUAAAACUAAAGAAGUAGCUGAUUGUUUCAAGAAAACAUUUGAAGAAUGUCAGCAGAAUUUAUUGCAACUCCAGAAAGGACAUGCAGCAGAAUUAUCAAAGGAGACCAAUCCUGUGGUGUUUUUUGAUGUUUGUGCGGACGGUGAACCUCUAGGACGGAUAACUAUGGAGUUAUUUUCGAACAUUGUUCCUCAGACUGCUGAGAACUUCAGAGCACUAUGCACUGGAGAGAAAGGCUUUGGUUUCAAGAAUUCCAUUUUUCACAGAGUAAUUCCGGAUUUUGUUUGCCAAGGAGGAGAUAUCACCAAACAUGAUGGAACAGGCGGACAGUCCAUUUAUGGAGAUAAAUUUGAAGAUGAAAAUUUUGAUGUGAAACAUACUGGCCCUGGUUUACUAUCUAUGGCCAAUCAAGGCCAGAAUACCAAUAAUUCUCAAUUUUUUAUAACACUGAAAAAAGCAGAACAUUUGGACUUUAAGCAUGUAGUAUUUGGGUUUGUUAAGGAUGGCAUGGAUACUGUGAAAAAGAUUGAAUCAUUUGGUUCUCCCAAAGGGUCUGUUUGUCGAAGAAUAACUAUCACAGAAUGUGGACAGAUAUAAAAUCAUUGUGUUUCAUAGAAAAUUUUAUCUGUAUAAGCAGUUGAAUUGAAGCUUAGUUAUUACAAUUUGAUAAUUAUGUUCAGCUUUUGAAAAUGGACGUUUCUGAUGUACAGAUGUAAAAUUGCAGCUUAUAGCUGUUGUCACUUUUUAAUAUGUUAUAAUUGACCUUGCAUGGUGUGAAAUAAAAGUUUAAACACUGGUGUAUUUCAGGUGUACUUGUGUUUAUGUACUCCUGACAUAUUUGUAUUAAAAUGGAAUAAUACUAAUCUUGUUAAAAGCAAUAGACCUUCUCAAACUAUUGAAGGAAUAUGAUAUAUGCAAUUUAAUUUUAAUUCCUUUUAAGAUAUUUGGACUUCCUGCAUGGAUAUACUUACCAUUUGAAUAAAGGGACCACAACUUGGAUAAUUUUACUUUAGAUUUGAAAUAUAUUUGGUAAUCUUAACUAUUGGUGCACUCAUUUAUGCAUAGAGACUCAUUUAUGAAUGGGUAGAGCCACAGAACGUACAGAGUUAACCAAAGUGCUCUUCUCUAGAAUCUUUACACCUCCUGUGUGGUUACAAGUUAACUUUGUAAGUAGUGUACCUUCCUUCCUUAAAAUAUCUAGCUUCCUAUGCUCUUUCAUAGGUAUUCAAUUAAUUUUUACAUUUUAAACAAGUUGACUAUUUCCUUUAGGGGUUUUGUUUUAAACUUUUCUGUCAUCUGUCUCUACUACCUCAGAAACUGCAGCUUGGUUCUGAUGAUAGAAAUUGAAUUUUUCCUUAUAGUUAUUGUGAUAAAGUAUGAAUAUUUUUAGAAAGUCUAUGCCAUGUUAUUUGGUUAAAGAUUUGCUUUAUACAGGAUUGUUGCAGUACCCUUUUCUGGUAAACUUUGUAGCAGAAAUAAAAUGACAAUUCAUAAGAGCCACUGACAUUCAAAAAAUUCAUUACUUGUGCUUCUGGUUAUUCUAAAGGAGGACAGUUCAGAGGCAGUAAAUUCAAACUGCCGCCUAACUUCCAGAGCUAGUUUCUCAAGUUUGAUAUACACUGAAAAUGUAUUUGGAAAUGGCUUGUAUCAAAUGUUAGGCAAAUUGCUAAAGAGGAUGUUCUUAUUGGCCUACUCGAUAUGGAACUAUAAAGAAUCCAGGUAGAACACAAAAUUCUGUAUAUUGCAAUUAUGAAUACUGACUCUCUUCCACCCAAAGAACACAUUCUUUCUGGUGAAAUUACUUCAUUUUAUUUAGUGAGGAAAGACAGGUUUAUUCCCUGUUAUAUGGGGAUUUGGAAAUUGGGUAUCCUAAAGCAAGUAACUGUUCAAAAGAGGGGAGGGAUGUUGUGUGAGUAAUGAGUGAUGGUAUACCAUCACCAUUCCACUCAGCCACAAAGCCAGAUACCUGAAAUAAACCUCCUCAAGAACCAUGAAUUACAUAUGUUUACACUAAAUAUUUCAAAUUGGCUUAUUUGGAAAUCUAUGUAAUAUAAACUGAUGUAAAGUGUGUUGUAACUUUUCAGCUGAGACAGCUGAUGCCUUCGUCAUGAUUUUAGAAUAAAUUCUUAACAAUGCAA